CUUUGGAGAGUAUGUGUGCUGUGUAGAUAGGUGUUUACAAAUGAUUUUUUUUUUUUUUUUGGUUGGGGCUUGAACUCAGGGCCUUGGGGACUUUUUCACUCAAGGCUGGUGCUUGUUUUGCAGAACUUUUUGAAAUUGUUGAAAAUAUCAUGACAAGGUCAUACAAAAUACUUUGGCAUGUAUCUCCUAAGAGGGAGAAAAAAAUCUAUCUUUCCAUAUCACUAGUGUACCAUUAUACCUAAGAAAUAUAAUACCCCAGUAAAUGUAAUACUGAGAGUUUAUUUGAAAUUUCUCAAUUGUUCACUAAAUAAUUUUUUUCAAAUCCAAAUUCGAUGAGGUAUUUAUACACUAAUUUGAAUAUUGCUUUUAAAGGAGAACAGUUCCUUUGCACAUUCUCCUUCCCUAAGAUACAGAAGUUUCUUCGAAGAGAACAGUUCUUUUGUGAAGAAAAUGUUUUGCACGAUCUUGAACAUGUACUAUCCAUGCUGAUGGGACAGGAUCCAAUAUGAAUGUAAGUGAUGGAGGAAGACGACGCUUUGAGGAUAAUGAACACACAUUACGCAUCUAUCCUGGGACAAUUUCAGAAGGGACAAUUUAUUGUCCAAUUCCUGCCAGAAAAAACUCUACUGCUGCUGAGGUGAUCGAUUCUCUCAUAAACAAGCUUCAUCUAGAUAAAAGCAAGUGUUAUGUUUUAGCAGAGGUAAAGGAAUUUGGUGGAGAAGAAUGGAUACUCAACCCUACAGACUGUCCAGUUCAGCGAAUGAUGCUGUGGCCCCGAAUGGCUCUGGAAAAUCGCUUGAGUGGAGAUGACUACCGUUUUCUUCUGAGAGAGAAAAACCUUGAUGGGUCAAUCCAUUAUGGUAGCCUUCAGUCAUGGCUACGGGUAACCGAAGAACGCCGCAGGAUGAUGGAAAGGGGUUUUCUUCCACAGCCUCAACAGAAAGACUUUGAUGAUUUAUGUAGUUUACCUGAUUUGAAUGAGAAAACUCUCCUAGAAAACCUACGAAGUCGCUUUAAGCAUGAAAAAAUUUAUACCUAUGUUGGCAGUAUUUUAAUAGUUAUUAAUCCAUUCAAAUUUCUCCCUAUUUAUAACCCCAAAUAUGUCAAAAUGUAUGAUAACCACCAAUUGGGAAAACUUGAGCCCCACAUAUAUGCUGUGGCAGAUGUAGCUUAUCAUGCUAUGCUUCAGCGCAAAAAGAAUCAGUGCAUUGUAAUUUCAGGAGAGAGUGGUUCUGGGAAGACUCAAAGCACAAAUUUUCUUAUUCACCACCUUACUGCCCUCAGUCAGAAAGGAUUUGCCAGUGGAGUAGAGCAGAUUAUUCUUGGAGCAGGACCAGUACUUGAGGCCUUUGGAAAUGCAAAGACUGCUCAUAAUAAUAAUUCAAGUCGGUUUGGCAAGUUUAUUCAAGUCAACUACCAGGAAACAGGCACAGUGCUUGGUGCCUAUGUUGAGAAAUAUCUGCUGGAGAAGUCCAGACUUGUUUAUCAAGAGCAUAAUGAACGGAACUAUCAUGUAUUCUAUUACCUCCUGGCAGGAGCAAGUGAAGAAGAGAGGUUAGCAUUCCAUCUUAAACAACCUGAGGAAUAUCAUUAUCUCAACCAGAUAACAAAGAAACCCCUCAGACAGAGCUGGGAUGAUUAUUGCUAUGACUCUGAGCCGGAUUGCUUUACAGUGGAGGGGGAAGAUUUGAAGCAUGACUUUGAACGCUUACAGUUGGCCAUGGAAAUGGUAGGAUUUCUUCCCAAGACAAGAAGACAGAUUUUCUCUCUCCUCUCAGCAAUAUUACAUCUGGGUGAUAUCUGCUAUAAGAAGAGGACAUACCGCGACGACUCCAUCGAUAUUUGCAACCCUCAAGUGUUGCCUAUUGUCUCGGAAUUAUUAGAAGUGAAAGAAGAGAUGUUAUUUGAAGCAUUAGUUACAAGGAAAACCAUAACAGUGGGAGAAAAGCUUGUUUUACCAUACAAGCUGGCAGAGGCGGUGACAGUGAGGAACUCCAUGGCUAAGUCACUGUAUAGUGCUCUGUUUGACUGGAUAGUAUUUCGAAUUAAUCAUGCACUUCUCAAUAGUAAAGAUUUGGAGCACAAUACCAAGACUUUGUCCAUUGGUGUUCUUGAUAUUUUUGGGUUUGAAGAUUAUGAAAACAAUAGCUUUGAACAGUUGUGUAUUAAUUUUGCUAAUGAACGUUUACAGCACUACUUUAAUCAGCAUAUCUUUAAGUUGGAGCAAGAAGAAUAUAGAACUGAAGGUAUUAGCUGGCACAACAUAGAUUAUAUUGAUAAUACUUGUUGCAUAAAUCUUAUUAGCAAAAAGCCAACAGGACUGCUCCAUCUUUUGGAUGAAGAGAGCAAUUUUCCACAGGCUACAAAUCAAACAUUGCUAGACAAGUUUAAGCAUCAACAUGAAGAUAAUUCUUAUAUUGAAUUUCCAGCUGUGAUGGAGCCUGCUUUCAUAAUAAAACAUUAUGCUGGAAAAGUAAAAUACGGGGUAAAGGAUUUCCGGGAGAAAAAUACAGAUCAUAUGCGACCAGACAUUGUAGCUCUUCUGAGAAGUAGCAAGAAUGCAUUUAUCUCUGGGAUGAUUGGAAUUGAUCCUGUAGCUGUUUUCCGAUGGGCAGUUCUCCGCGCUUUCUUCAGAGCUAUGGUUGCUUUCAGAGAAGCUGGGAAAAGACACAUUCAGAGAAAAACUGGACAUGAUGAUACAACGCCAUGUGCAGUUUUGAAAAGUAUGGAUAGUUUUAGCUUCCUCCAACACCCAGUCCACCAGAGGAGCUUAGAGAUUCUACAGAGGUGCAAGGAGGAGAAGUACAGUAUAACUCGGAAAAGUCCUAGAACACCUCUUUCUGAUCUCCAGGGCAUGAACACUCUGAAUGAAAAAAACCAGCAUGACACCUUUGAUAUUGCCUGGAAUGUCAGAACGGGAAUUCGCCAGAGCAGGCUACCAAGUAGUACCUCCUUGCUUGAUAAAGAUGGAAUAUUUGCGAAUUCAUCAAGCAGCAAACUCCUGGAAAGAGCCCAUGGAAUUCUCACGAGAAACAAAAACAUCAAAUCCAAGCCUGCUCUUCCAAAACACUUGCUGGAGGUGAAUUCUUUGAAGCAUCUGACAAGACUGACACUACAGGAUCGGAUAACCAAGUCUCUUCUUCAUUUCCAUAAGAAGAAGAAACCGCCUAGUAUCAGUGCCCAGUUUCAGGCUUCGUUAAGUAAGCUGAUGGAGACACUUGGUCAAGCAGAGCCAUAUUUUGUGAAAUGCAUUCGCUCUAACGCUGAAAAGCUGCCCUUGAGAUUCAAUGAUGCCUUGGUACUAAGACAGCUUCGAUACACUGGGAUGCUGGAAACAGUUCGAAUUUGCCAAUCAGGAUACAGCUCCAAAUAUUCUUUUCAGGAUUUUGUAAGCCACUUUCAUGUACUUCUUCCCCGAAAUAUUAUUCCGUCCAAAUUUAACAUUCAGGAUUUCUUCAGGAAAAUAAAUCUUAAUCCAGAUAACUAUCAAGUUGGAAAAACCAUGGUCUUCCUAAAGGAGAAGGAACGGCAGCACUUACAAGACUUGCUUCACCAAGAGGUGCUCCGCAGAAUCAUACUGUUGCAGCGAUGGUUCAGGGUCUUACUAUGCAGGCAGCAUUUCCUUCGCUUGAGACAGGCAUCUGUUAUUAUCCAGCGAUUCUGGAGGAAGUACCUGAAUCUGAAGCAAUUAAGAGAUGGGGCUAUGCAGAAGGAUGCUUUCAUGAUGGCUGGUGCAGCUGCCCUCCUCCAAGCUUCCUGGCGAGCCCACUUAGAGAGGCAGCGGUUCUUGGAGCUGCGGACUUCAGCCAUCAUCAUCCAGCAGAGAUGGAGAGAGCUCUGUAGGCGCAGGCAUAUGGCUGCUACCUGCAUACAGGCCAGAUGGAAAGGCUACAGGGAAAGUAAGAGGUACAAAGAACAAAGGGACAAGAUUAUCCUUUUGCAGUCAACAUGUAGAGGAUUCAGAGCAAGACAAAGGUUUAAAGCUUUAAAAGAACAAAGACUAAAAGAAUCCAAACCAGAACAUGGAUUAGUGAAUGUCAAGGCAUAUGGAGCUCUGGAAAUUCAGGGUUCAAACCCUGCAGAAUGGGAGGAUUGUUCCUUUGACAACAGAGUGAAAGCUGUAGAAGAAUAUAAGUCUGUAAUGGAGAGUAAUCGUGUUAGCCGUGAAAGUUCAGUGGACUUGUCAAAAGAGUCUCCAGACAGGUGGCAGGAAAGAGGCCGAAGCCCAAGUGGUGUGGACUUGCAGGAAGAAGUGAUUGUGAGAGAGAGGCCCAAGUCCCUGGAGGAUCUGCAUCAGAAGAAAGUGAGUCGGGCCAAAAGAGAGAGUCGGAGAAUGAGAGAACUAGAGCAAGCUAUAUUUAGCUUGGAGUUGUUGAAAGUCCGUUCUCUAGGUGGUACGUCACCUUCAGAGGAACGUAGAUGGUCUACAGAGCUGAUGCCUGAUGGCCUUCCGUCUCCCCAGGGUACACCCGAUAGUGAAAGCUCUCAGGGAAGCUUAGAACUUUUGAGCUGCGAGGAAAGUCAGAGGAGCAAGCAAGAUGAAGGGGACUUGCAAGUUCCAUCACCUAAGGCACAAAGCAGUACAAAGCUUAAUUCCCAGGACAAUGCCCUCAGUGCCGCAAGUGAGGCUAGUUCUGCACUGGAUCAGAAAGGACCACCUCCUGACUUAGAGGAUGUACAUAAUGGGACUGUGAAGGAAAGGCAGGACUGCAGUUCAGAACCUAUCACCUGUAUACCCCAGCUGAGAGAGUCUUUUAUUUCUAAUAGUCUGCCUACAUUUUUUUAUAUUCCUCAUCAAGACCCCCUGAGAACAAGUUCCCAACUAGACACAAAUAGCCAAAGAAACAAACUGUUGGAAAAUGAAGACACACAGAGGACAGCUCUUACUUUGAAUAUGAAUAGGGAAGCUGGAAAAUACCACUUCUCAGCAGAUCAUUUAGGCUCUUUGAAUACAGAUUCUUCCAAUACCGUGCUUAGGAAAUUAGAAAAGCUGAACACAGAGAAGGAAAAAAGGCAAAAACAGAUGCAACAGCAGAAUGAAAAGGAGAUGAUGGAACAGAUUCGCCAGCAAACAGAUAUUUUAGAGAAGGAGCGUAAAGCCUUCAAGACAGUUGAACAAGCAAGGAUUGGGGAAUCUCUCCUGGCACCUUCUUUCUGUCACUCAAAGCAAAGAGUAGAAAGACCAUCUUCUCUACUUAUCCUGAACACGGCAAGUAAAGGAGAACCCAAUGUGCUAGCGUCCCAGCCAUCAGUAACUAAAAGAGAUGCAACUGUGGCCCCAAAAGACAGUUCCUCUGUUCACCUACCCCCAAAGGACCGGCCUGUCACCUUGUUCUUUGAAAGAAAAGGAAGCCUGUGCCAAUCUAGUACUGUGGAUGAGUUAUCCAAAACAGAAAAAACAAGCACUCAGCAGAAUGUAGCCUGUAAACUCUCCAAUAAUCGCAUUUCAAAAAGAGAACACCUUAGGCCAGCUCAGUCUUACAGCCACAAAUUCAAUGACUCUUCCAGAGAGGGGACUACAAGGGCUAUUUUCUUCACGCCAAAGGACAAUAUGAAUACUUUCCUUGUGGACAAGGAAUCGUUACACAGUGGAAAUCCUCAAGUUAGUAAACAAGAUGAACCAGCUUGGAAACAUAAGUUCCUAGGGCCUGGCCAACGAGAGCAGGUUGCCAGACCGGCCCAUAAAAAGAAAGCUCGAAUGGCGCGGACGCGCUCCGAUUUCUUGACUAGAGGUACUUUUGCCGAUGGGGAGGGGGAUACAGAGGAAGAUGAUUUCGAUGACAUUAUUGAGCCCCUUCUCUCCCUUGACCAAGCUUCUCACUCUGAGCUAGGGCCUGCAUCCAGCCUGGGUCAGGCCUCUCACAGUGACUCCGAAAUGACAUCACAGCGAUAUUCUUCAGUUGAUGAACAAGCAAAGCUUCAUAAAACUUUGUCUCAAGGAGAGAUCACAAAAUUGGCAGUGAGACAAAAGGCUUCCGAUUCAGAUAUAAGACCUCAGAGAGCUAAGAUGAGAUUCUGGGCCAAAGGAAAACAAGGCGAGAAGAAGACUACUCGAGUAAAACCUGCCACCCACUCAGAGGUUGCAGCACUCUUUGCCAGCUCAGAUGUGAAUCCAGCUCAUCAGUUUCCAGAUGAAUUAGCUCAGCAUCAUCCAACACCUCCUCUGAGUCCAGAACUGCCUGGUAGUUGCCGGAAGGAAUUCAAAGAGAACAAAGAGCCCUCACCAAAGGCGAAGCGCAAGAGGGGUGUGAAGAUCAGUGGUGUGGCUGUGGAUUCUGUGCACUGGCAAAAUGACUCCGUCCAAAUUAUCACAAGUGCCAGUGAUUUAAAAAGCAUGGAUGAAUUUCUUCUGAAAAAGAUGAAUGACUUAGAUAAUGAGGACAGCAAAAAGGAUACACUAGUGGAUGUUGUGUUUAAAAAAGCCCUAAAAGAAUUUCGACAGAAUAUCUUCAGCUUUUAUUCAUCUGCAUUGGCGAUGGAUGAUGGGAAAAGCAUACGAUACAAAGACCUAUAUGCCCUCUUUGAGCAGAUUCUGGAAAAGACCAUGAGGCUUGAGCAGCGUGAUUGGAGUGAAUCUCCAGUGAGAGUUUGGGUCAACACUUUUAAGGUGUUUUUAGAUGAAUACAUGAAUGAAUUCAAGACUGCAGACAGCACAACCACAAAGGUGCCAAAAACAGAAAGAAAGAAAAGAAGGAAAAAAGAAACAGAUUUAGUAGAAGAACACAAUGGCCACAUCUUCAAGGCUACCCAAUAUAGCAUUCCUACAUACUGUGAAUACUGUUCUUCCUUAAUAUGGAUAAUGGAUCGAGCCUCUGUUUGCAAAUUAUGUAAGUAUGCUUGUCACAAGAAGUGCUGUCUGAAAACCACAGCCAAGUGCUCUAAAAAGUAUGAUCCAGAGCUGUCUUCUCGACAAUUUGGGGUUGAGCUCUCUCGUCUGACUAGUGAGGACCGAACUGUGCCACUAGUGGUGGAAAAGCUUAUAAAUUACAUUGAAAUGCAUGGACUUUAUACAGAAGGUAUUUACCGAAAGUCUGGUUCUACUAAUAAAAUCAAGGAACUUCGACAAGGUCUAGAUACAGAUGCUGAAAGUGUGAACCUAGAUGACUAUAAUAUACAUGUCAUUGCAAGUGUAUUCAAACAGUGGCUUCGUGAUUUGCCCAAUCCACUCAUGACCUUUGAACUUUAUGAGGAAUUUCUUCGAGCAAUGGGCCUUCAGGAGAGGAAGGAAACAAUUCGUGGUGUGUACUCUGUGAUUGAUCAGCUCUCCCGAACUCAUCUCAAUACACUCGAGCGCCUCAUCUUUCAUCUAGUUAGGAUUGCUCUACAGGAAGACACUAACCGAAUGUCUGCUAAUGCUCUGGCCAUUGUAUUUGCCCCCUGCAUUCUCCGCUGCCCUGACACCACUGACCCACUACAAAGUGUCCAAGAUAUCAGCAAAACGACCACCUGUGUGGAACUGAUUGUUGUGGAGCAAAUGAAUAAAUAUAAAGCUCGCCUCAAAGACAUCAGUAGCCUAGAAUUUGCUGAGAAUAAGGCAAAGACCAGACUUUCACUGAUUCGUAGAUCUAUGGGUAAGGGGCGGAUCCGCCGAGGGAACUACCCAAGUCCGUCCUCCCCUGUUCUAGUACGGUUGCCUCCCGUGUCAGAUGUCCCAGAAGAGACCUUGACGAGUGAGGCAGCCAUGGAGACAGAUGUCACGGAGCAGCAGCAGGCCGCUAUGCAGCAGGAGGAGAGAGUGCUGACGGAGCAGAUAGAGAGCCUCCAGAAGGAGAAGGAAGAGCUAACAUUUGAGAUGCUUGUACUGGAACCCCGAGCCUCUGAUGAUGAAACCCUGGAGUCUGAGGCCUCCAUUGGGACUGCUGAUAGCUCGGAGAAUCUGAGCGUGGAAUGUGAAGGUGGCAUCUCUGAGAGAUCAGAGAGAAGCUUAGCUCCCAGCUCCCAGAAGGCUGCAGGCAAGUUGCGAAGGCCGCUGAGGAAGCAGCCGGACUCGGUGGACUCGGUGGACCCCUCCGCCUCUGUGGGUCUACCCGGCACCGCAUCAUCUCAUGGCACCCGAAAACGAUUCCAGAUUUAUUCUAAGUCUCCAUUCUACCGAGCGGCCUCAGCUGGUGAGGAAGGGCCACUGGGCCAGACCAAAGCUCCGGAAGACAGGCCUCAGUUUAUCAGCAGAGGAACUUUCAACCCUGAAAAGGGCAAACAAAAACUAAAGAAUGUGAAAAACUCACCCCAGAAAACCAAAGAGACCCCAGAGGGGACAGCCCUGCCUGGUCGAAGGAAGAAUGUGGACUCCGACCCCAGCGCGGCCCAGCGGCUCGCCCUCGGUGGCAAUAAUGAGUUUAUGGUCUGAGCUGACACACAUGCAUCCUUUACGGACUUGCAGAAAACACAUCUUGUCCUGGGGCCUCUUGUGUGCCAGCCACAGGCUGGGACCUGUGUGCUGACCUCCUCGGCCUCCUGCGGAAGCGGAAAGGCUGCCUCAGGCCUGCUGACGUGGUGCCAGCUGUGCCUUGGCUGCUCUGUUGGAAUGAAGAUUUCACGAGACCAGGCCCCCUCGGGGCCCCCGGAGCCAGGGGCUUUGGUGGGCAGUGGUUGCCUGUCUCCCAAGCCCCUUUCCUCCCCGAAGGAGGUGCUGGAUGGGCGGAAGCUUAACCGUGAAAGCUAAAGCCUUUGGGGUUAUUUUAAGGUAGGUAGAGCUAGAGUAGUACACAGUCUUUUUUCUAAACAGCUUAAGCCCUGCAUUUUAAAAGUUUUGAAGAACACUCCACGUUAUAUUCUUCCAUGAAGCCAUCAGAGCACAUCUCCAGUGCCUGGUUAUGCCGUGGAGAAGACAUGGCUGGUGGUAAGAUAAUCAGCUCUGGGUUAACUCCUGGUUAGGUUCUGCCAAAUCCAUCACACGGGCUCCUGUUUCAGUAGCCAUAUUGUUCUGCAAUCCUAGAUCCUAGUGUCAGAUUCCUCUAGUUCUGUUGCGUGUGUUUUAAUAGCACAGAGUUUUAGGGGUUUUGUGUGGACUAAACCGACAGGCUGCUGCAGAGGAGCCUCUCCAGCCAAGCCACUCGCGAACAAUCCACGCCACUCCCGGACAAUCCACACCGCACUGCAUGAAUAAGUGUUACAGAAAGCUGCCAAGUUGUUUUUGGUUUUUUUCUUAGGUUUCUAGUAGGACCCAUCUAACUUUUAUUUUCCUCAGACCAUCAGUAUUAAAUAGAUGCAAAGAAAUCGAGGACUACUUGAAGCUAUUUUGUUAAUAUAUUGGUUACUGAAGUUUACUGUAAAUAUAUCUGUACAGUAUGCCUAUUCUAACCUGUGCUUCCCUCCUUCCCAUGGACUUUCUUCGUGCAGAUCGGGGUCCACUGGACAGGGGUGGGCAUG